UUCUGCAAAGCACACACGUUGCUUUGUUUUUUAAAAAAAAUUAAAUAUGCAUUAAGCGACAGCAACCUGCACCCCCACCCUCAGGUUUAAGGACCACCCCUAACUUCUUGGUAAACUUUUUAGUCUCAAACCGAUUCUCCUCACAGCUGUGUACGAAUUUCAACGCUCCCGAGUAUUAUUUUUUGUUUUGUUUUUGUUUUAAAGUAAUCAGUUAUUUUUAUUUUUAUUUUUUUAAUAUAAUUUGAUCUUGUUUUAACUAUGGAGCAUGCAGCAAGUACAAUGCCGGAGAAUGUCGACUGUCUGGACAAUCUCAUUCAAUCGUUACACGAAGUUUUCUCCGCUGAUGAGGUAGACAUAGAAGAAGUGAAGACGCUCAUGGAGUCUUAUAAGAGUAACCCCAAAGACUGGAUGAAAUUUGCUAAAUUUGACAAACACAGAUACACCAGGAACCUUGUGGACGAGGGGAACGGGAAGUUUAAUCUUAUGCUCCUGUGCUGGGGAGAGAGGCACGGCAGCAGUAUUCACGAUCAUACAAACUCCCACUGCUUCCUCAAGCUGCUGCAGGGCAGACUCAAGGAGACGCUGUACGACUGGCCCGAGGACCAGCGCUGCAAGCAGGAGCUGCAGAAGAGAUGUGAGAUCAACUUCGAGGAGAAUCAGUGCACCUACAUCAAUGACUCUAUUGGGCUUCAUCGGGUAGAGAACAGCAGUCACUGUGACCAUGCGGUGAGCCUGCACCUCUACAGCCCGCCCUUUGAUACCUGCCACACCUUCGACGAGAGGACGGGCCACAGGAACUCUGUCAAGAUGACCUUCUGGAGCAAGUAUGGAGAGAGGACCCCCUACGGAACGGCUUCAUCAAAAGAGAACAACUGACUUUAGGACCAAUGAAAUACUGGAGUUCGGACUGGAUUGAAAGAAUGCUAUUGGGUUCUGAGACGAGACCAUCCUAGUUACUGUACAGCACUCUGUGUCCACUGAAACCUUGAAAAUGCAAUCGCAUGCAGAAUUGCAGGACUCGAGAAGAAUAUUAAAACUAUUCUUCUUAAAAAUAUAUAUAUUAAAAAAAGCUUUUAUUAUCAAUAUUGUUAUUUGUUUAGAAAAAUAAGUAGUGAAAACAAAAUGCAUGUUUUUAACGGGAACCUCUUGUCUCACAGACCACUAAGCUAAACAAGCACGGGCCCUUACCACGUUGUUGUAUUUUGUUAACAAUAAAAUCCAAACUGAAUUUUA